GAUGUAGGAGGGAGGUGUCAGGUUUAGAAGGAGUGUCUUUCUGGGCAACAGAAGAAAGUUUUUCUUUUAUCCUCAGUGUUGUCACAAUCAGAGACUGCUCAAGAACAGACAAGAUGUCCGCCAUAGAGCAAUUCGCAGACAGUGAGGUGUUCAGAGCCUAUGCUACAUAUGUGGCGGUUGUCCUCUUGAAAAUGAUGCUAAUGAGUCUUUGCACCGCCUACUACAGGAUUACACUUGGGGUCUUUGCAAAUCCGGAGGAUGCUCUUGGUCAUGCCAAGGGGGGAGAUGUGAAGAAAUUUGUCAGAAGAGAUGAAUCUGUGGAGCGAGUACGCAGGUGUCAUUUGAACGACAUUGAGAACAUUGUACCGUUUGUGGGACUUGGUCUGCUCUAUGUGCUCAGUAAUCCUGAAUUAUCUACGGCACUUUUACAUUUCCGCAUUUUUGCCGGUUCUCGCAUUGCGCACACAAUCUCCUACCUAGCACCACUGCCACAGCCAGGCCGAGCACUGUCCUUCUUCGCUGGAUUUUUUGUCAAUUGUUCCAUGGGUUAUGCAAUUCUGAGCAGCAUCUCCUAUUUUUAAAGCUGAUCCCAUAAUACCACACAUACAAAAAUCAUGGUUGUUUUUUUUUCUAUUAGAAUGUUUUGUCUGUAUGGGAGAAAAUAAAUCUUUGAGAUUA